AUGCCUUCCCUUCCCACUCUGAACAGCCUGGGGAAACUCUGCGGAUCUGGACGCAGUCAGCAAGUGGAUCGCACCCGGAUCAAACGCACAAACUCCGUCAAACGUAUAUCUGUCAUAGAGGACGGACGUGUGGCAGAAGUGCUGUACCUCGUCCCUAAAGAGUCUGUGAUGCAACAGCUGCCGUUCAUCAACCCUGAAGACUAUUACCUGACUGAGAGCCUAUCACCUGCAUGCAUUUGUUUGUGUUUUGCUUUAGUAUGUGGAUGCGAUCUGGCUCAGGGAGGAUUCUUCAUGAAGAAUGGAGAAUAUCUGUGCACUCUGGACUACCAGCGCAUCCACAGCACCCGCUGUAACAUCUGUGGAGAGUUUGUGGAAGGGGAGGUGGUGACUGCGCUUGGCAAGACCUACCACCCAACAUGCUUUGUGUGCACAAUCUGCAAGAGACCAUUUCCUGCUGGAGACAGAGUUACUUUCAAUGGCAAGGACUGUCUGUGUCAGUACUGCUCAGAGCCCAUGUCUCCAGGACCCACCAAAGAUGUUGUGGGACCCAGCAGUUGUGCGGGCUGUGGCAGAGAUAUUAAGAACGGUCAGGCUCUGUUGGCUCUAGAGAGUCAGUGGCAUUUGGGCUGUUUUAAAUGUAAGGCCUGUGCCAAAGUAUUGACUGGAGAAUACAUCAGCAAAGAUGGUGCCCCCUACUGUGAGCGCGAUUAUCAGGUCUUGUUUGGAGUGCAGUGUGAAGCAUGUCAGCAGUUCAUCACCGGGAAAGUCCUGGAGGCAGGGGGCAAGCACUACCACCCCAGCUGUGCUCGCUGUAGCAGGUGUAACCAGAUGUUUACUGAAGGAGAGGAGAUGUACCUGCAGGGAUCAACAGUUUGGCAUCCAAGCUGUAAACAUUCACCCAGAGGCGAGGAGACACAGCGGCUAUUGCCUGCGUCUCUAGCUCUCCUCAGCAAAACAGAAAGGCAGCCGACACGCUCGUCGUCCGAGAGUAUAUGUUCCAGACCUGGUUCAAGCAUACCUAGCUCACCGGGUCACACCAUAUAUGCAAAAGUAGACAAUGAGAUCCUUGAUUACAGGGAUUUAGCAGCCAUUCCCAGGGUCAAAGCCAUUUAUGACAUUGAGCGUCCAGAUCUAAUCAACUAUGAGCCACUUUACACCACCUCACUGGAUGAGUCAGAGGAGAGAGAGAGUGUGGGAGAGCUGCAGAGCUCCAGGAGAGAGUGUUCGCCUAUGCCAGAAGACAGAACCAGGUCACCCACACCAACUGCUGAGGGUUACUACGAGAUGAGAGAACGAAUACUCCAUCGGUCGACAAGUCAGGGCUCCAUUGGCUCGCCCAUUUACAACCGCCACAAUUACACUCCCACCCUGUCACGCUCACCACAGCACUUCCACAGACCCGGCACUGAGCCGUCCAGUGGUCGGAGUUCCCCAGGGGCCAGCACCCCUCCUCUCCCUCUGACUCCUAAACAUUUUCACCUGCCAGAUCAAGGAGUAAACAUCUACAGAAAACCCCCUAUCUACAAACAGCAUGGUACAGUCAUUCAGAAUCCUUUGACCGUGUUUGUGAUUGGAGGCACUGAGCCGUCCAGUGGUCGGAGUUCCCCAGGGGCCAGCACCCCUCCUCUCCCUCUGACUCCUAAACAUUUUCACCUGCCAGAUCAAGGAGUAAACAUCUACAGAAAACCCCCUAUCUACAAACAGCAUGAUUCAGCUGCUUUUGCAGCCCAGAGCAAGUCUGCUGAUGACAUCAUCAAAUCGGCCAAAUUCCCCUCGGCAUACACCCCUGGUCCAGACUACCCAGCAAAGAUCGAGACAGACUGCUGGUCCUUCCCGAUCUCCCAUGCUGCCCUAGGAACAGACGAGAGGAGCAGGUCAAGAGAGGAGGAUGAGGAGGAGCUCCAGAAACGCAGACAGGUUCAGGAGGAACAUCUCAACAGGAUCCAAUCUGGUUUGGGGAAAAUGAUUCUUAAAGAGGAGAUGGCGAAAGAGAUGAUCCGAGAGCGUCAUGCACGGAGCCUGUCAGCACAGCGCUACGAACAUGGAAGCAAUGGAAAUUCACCCUCUAAAACAGGCUCACUGCCUGGAUAUGGGCGUAAUGGACUACAUCGGCCUCAGUCGACUGAUUUCACUCAGUGUAACAGUUAUGGAGACGUGUGUGGUGGGAUGAGAGAGUUUCAGCCCAUGCAUGAUGGCCACCGUACAGCCACCAGAAUGGACAGAGGAGUGUCUAUGCCUAAUAUGCUGGAACCAAAAGCAAGUGUAACAUAUUAA